CGCGACAAAUUAAUUGUACAACUACUAGUUUAAAUAGAAUUUUAUCGAUUUUUUUGAAGUUUUGUAUUGAAGAGGUAUUUAUUGAAUUAUUUUUGCACAUGUACAUAUAUAAAAAUUAUAUAGCAACAGCUCAUAUUUCUCUCAAUUUCCAAUUAAUUGCAAUUUCUAAUUAAUAUUUUAUUUUUCCCAGAUAGCGGAGCAAUGGGCAUCAGCCCGAAUCCUUUACAACAAAGAACACCUUCGCCCCCUGAUUUGAAACCAGUAACAGCACCGCCUCCAGGAUCCCAAAUGUUACACGUACGACCUCCAUCUUCGCUUCUACCACCCUCAUCGUUGUCAAUUACGGCGAUGGUGGGUACACCCCCAAUUCUGAGUCAACAAGGCCCCCAUCAAACGACAAGCAUCAGUCCGGGCCCCAAUAAUAGAUCUCCGAGUCCCACCCCUAGUGAUGAUGAUGAUCCGACUGCUCCAAGAAGGAAACAGAGAAGAUAUAGAACUACUUUUACCAGUUUGCAGUUGGAGGAGCUGGAGAGGGCGUUUUCCAGGACACAUUAUCCUGAUGUUUUCACAAGGGAGGAAUUAGCUAUGAAAAUUGGUUUAACCGAAGCUCGUAUUCAGGUGUGGUUCCAAAACCGUCGUGCAAAAUGGCGCAAGCAAGAAAAAGUCGGUCCUCAGGGUCACCCCUUUGCGUCCUUCGGAGGUCCAACUGGCACGCCACUACCCUUAGGCGGCCCGCACGCUUACUUCCCUCUCCGCAAAAGUCCUUUGGAACAUCACAACGCUGGAUUGGGAUAUUUGUCGCAGUAUCGCCAUCCCCCACCACCGCCACAGUUAUACCCACCAGGUUUCGAAUCACUAUUAGCAAAUAUGGGGGCAAGAGUUCCAUUGGGAGAUGGUUCUCCACGUAGUACAUCACCAGGAUCGGCAGAAGGUGCUUCGCCGGAUCCUAGAUCGAAUAGUAUAGCGGCCCUAAGACUGAAGGCUCGGGAACAUGAACUGAGAUUGGAGAUGCUGAGGCAAGGAUCUGCUUCGGCGGGAGACAUUCUGAGUUAG